GGUUGCCUUCCUAUACAAGUAGGGGAGCCCAUAGUUUCUGAAACCUGAUUCUUUCUGCAUGCAGGAGCAGUCACCCACCCUCAUGGCGCCUUCUAAAAACGCCUUUCAUCUAUUUCUUUGCUUGCUCUUGCUGUGUCCUCUUGCUGCAUUAUCUCAAGGACUAUCUAGGCCGUGGCUGAAUCAUGGUGGAGAUUUGUUCAACAGAAGAUUCGCCUCUAAGGAACGUAAGAUCAGCCCUGAAACAGUUCACAAACUUUCUUUGAAGUGGAAAUUCUAUACUGGCGAUGAUGUUUCUGCAACUCCGGCCAUUUUCAACGGGACUCUUUAUUUUCCAAGUAGAAACGGUAACAUCUAUGCAGUGAAAGAGGACGACGGGUCUCUUGUCUGGCAGCAAAACGUGGGAAACUUAACAGGGUUCAAUUCUACCGUGACGUUGCCUAAUAUUAAUUGGACCCUUUCAAGGUCAACUCCUACCAUAAUCUCUGACGCUGAUUUGAUUAUUGUUGGAAUCUAUGGCCCCGCUGUUGUCAUGGCUCUUCGAAGAUCAACCGGUCAGCUAGUCUGGUGGACUCGCUUGGAUAAUCACCCUGUAGCUUUUAUCACCAUGUCUGGAACUUAUUACAAUGGGAGUUUUUAUGUUGGCGUAUCGUCACAGGAAGAGGCCUUACCCUUUGACGAGUGCUGCGUAUUUCGCGGGAGCCUUGCAAAACUAGAUGCUCGAAGUGGUCGCAUCUUGUGGCAGACCUAUAUGCUUCCAGAUAACAAUAAACAGAGAGGAGGCUAUGCAGGAGCUGCUAUUUGGGGAAGCAGUCCCUCCAUUGAUCCAAUCCGAAAGCACGUCUACAUCGCCACCGGAAACCUGUACUCUGCCCCUGAUCAUAUCAUUCAGUGCCAAGAAAGUCAAUUAAAUCAAACGGGGCCUGUUGAUCCAGACGCUUGUAUUGAGCCCGAGAAUCACUCUGACUCCAUGCUGGCCCUCGAUCUGGAUUCCGGGAAUAUCACAUGGUACAGUCAAUUAGGAGGUUACGAUGUUGGGAUCUUCGCUUGUGCCAUUCCAACAGCUCCUCCUGACUGUCCUCCUGUAGGUGAGGAUGCUGAUUUCGGGGAGGCACCCAUGGUUCUUACUGCAUAUCAUGCCAACGGAACCAAACAAGACAUUGUCGUGGCUGUCCAAAAGAGCGGUAUUGCAUGGGCUUUGGAUCGCAACAAUGGAAGUCUCGCAUGGGCCACGCAAGCUGGACCUGGUGGUGCGAUAGGAGGAGGAGUAUGGGGUGCGGCAACGGACGGAGCAAGGGUUUACACCAACAUUGUGAACUCAGACGGCAAGAACUUCAGCCUGGUACCAUCAAACACGACGACAACGGGAGGUGGAUGGGUGGCGAUGAAUGCGAGCAAUGGGGAAAUUUUGUGGGCCACGGGGGACCCUCAUCGGAAUUUCACGAACGGACCAGUUACUGUGGCGAAUGGUGUUGUGUUCGCAGGAGCCGCAAACACAGAUGGACCUAUUUAUGCAAUGAAUGCAGAGACUGGUGAAAUUCUCUGGUCCUUCCGAACUAAUGCAACUGUCUAUGGAGGCGUGUCCGUCAACAAUGGCUGCGUCUACGUUGGUCAUGGAUAUAUUUUAGGCCUCAUCCCCUUCUUUACCCAAGGAAGCCAUGUCUUUGCCUUCUGUCUUUAAUUUCAUUUAUAUAUACUAAAUUAUAAUAUCACUCUCGUGAGUUUGAGUGUGGAAUAAUAAUGUUACUUUUACUUUU